AUGGACGCAUCCCUGACAAUUGGCUCCUCCGCUUUCCGCCACCUCAACCCACCGUAUCCUUACCUCUGCCCCUCCAUACCCACCAAUCUCCGACCAUCCCACAACUUUUUACGAAUUGCCAUUACACACCAUAACCAUAAAUUCACUAUUACGGCAGCUUCUUCCUCCUCCAACAAUGCCAUCCCAUCUCGAAAACCAAAUCCAUUCAUUUCCCAUAUCAAAACGACAGCCGCCGCCGUUGUUUUCGCGGCGGCUGUGUUCGUAAAAUUUCAGCAACUGCCCUCAAAAGCUGAAGUUUCAUCGCCUCCAGCGAAUUUGGUAGAAGAGCUAAAGGAAAAUGAUACCCAACAAGAAGAAGUUCAUACCCGAGAAGAUUUUUCGAAUUCCCCGUUGAACCAGUUGUUGGAGUCAAAUUUGGAAGCCAUUGAUGCCUUGAAAACGCUCCUCCAGAAAAAACUCGAGGUGGGCGAGGAUGAAGAGAGCUUGAAUAUACUAAAGAAGUUAUCAUCCGCUCAGCCUGAAAACAACGAAUGGAAAUUCUUGACGGCGAGGGUUUUAAACGAAAUGGGAAGGAUUCAGGAAGCUCGCGAAGUUUUCGAGGAGAUUCUGGUGAAGAACCCAUUAUCCUUCGAGGCAUUGUUCGAAAAUGCCCUAUUGAUGGACAGGUCUGGAGAGGGGGAGGCUGUCAUGAAGAGGUUAGAAGCGGCACUACGAAUCGCAGAGGAGGAUAAUAAGGCGAAGGAGGCGAGGGACGUGAAGUUGAUAAUGGCGCAAGUGCAAUUCUUGCAGAAGAAUGUGGAGGAGGCAUUGAUGAGCUACGAGGAACUUGUUAAGGAGGAUCCUAAUGAUUUCAGGCCCUACUUUUGUAAAGGGAUGAUUUAUAGUUUGUUGGAUAGGAAUGAAGAGGCCAGAGAGCAGUUCUCUAAGUAUCCACCGAUGAAGGGAAUUCAAUUUGAUUUCAGAAACAUCUUAAAGGACCACUUAACAAUCCAAUAUGCCACCAAAUCAAAGGAAUGA